AUGCCAACUCUCGACGUCGAUAACUUCAACGUGGUCUGCGCAACUCUCGGCGGCUUCAUCGGUGCAUUUGGUCUCGUAUCUUAUUUGUUGAAAGAGAAAUUUUACCUCUCUGAAGCUUUGAUCUCGACGCUGGCAGGUGUCGCCCUUGGGCCUCACGCAGCAAAUUUUAUAAGGCCUCUCGAAUAUGCGCUCAACGAUGAAGUCAACUUGGAGACGAUCACGCUGUAUUUUGCUCGGCUGGUGCUCGGUGUACAGCUGGUUUUAGCUGGCGUACAGCUUCCGAGCAAGUAUCUUUGGACUGAAAGGAAGAGCUUGUCAAUCUUGCUCGGCCCAGGCAUGUGCAUCAUGUGGCUUGUCACAUCACUGCUCGUCUGGGGUCUGGUACCAAACAUUACUAUCUUAAUGGCUUUGAGCGUGGGAGCCUGCGUGACGCCGACCGAUCCCAUUCUUUCCAACAGUAUCGUCAAGGGAAAGUUCGCAGACAAGAAUAUCCCGCCACCUCUACAAAAGAUCAUCAUCGCCGAGUCGGGUGCCAACGACGGCCUCGGAUACCCUUUCCUUUAUCUCGGACUUUAUCUACUGAAGUACACCGCCAUGGGCGGCGCCGGUCAAACUGGGGGCGCUGGAAAAGCCAUGGGUUAUUGGUUUGGUGAAAUCUGGGGUUACGAGAUUCUCUUAUCUGUGGUCUAUGGUACAGUCGUCGGGUGGAUCGCCAAAGAGUCGCUGCACUGGGCCGAAGAAAGGCGCUACGUGGAUAGGGAGUCUUUCCUCGUGUUUGCAGUCACACUCGCGCUGUUCAUUGUGGGCACCGCUGGGAUGGUUGGUACUGAUGACGUCCUCGCAUGCUUCAUCGCCGGCAAUGUGUUCACUUGGGACGACUGGUUCCGCCUGGAAACCAUGGACGACAGUCUCCAGCCGACUAUUGAUAUGUUGCUCAACGUGGCGAUUUUCAUGUGGUUUGGCGCGGUCUGCCCAUGGCACAGCUUCAUUGACAAUAACGUAGUGGACAUUGGACGCCUGGUGGCAUUAGGAGUACUUGUGCUACUACUCCGACGGCUCCCCAUGGUACUUGCCUUUCACAAGCACAUCAACCAAAUUGAUGAUCUCAAGCGCGCUGGCUUUAUGGGAUUCUUCGGCCCAAUCGGCGUCAGCGCUGUGUUCUAUCUGUACGUCUCGCGCCAAUUUCUCCGAGAGAUUGAGGUCGACGGCGUUCAGCGCGAGGAUGCUGCGCAAUUGGAAGAGGUGAUGAAUGUGGUCAUCUGGUUUCUCAUUAUUUGCUCAAUUGUGACACACGGACUAUCCAUUCCAGUUGGAAAGUUAGGAUUCCAUCUUCCGCGAACCAUCAGCACAGCACUCUCUCAGGAGCGGCCAUCCCGCCCGCUCAGUCGCGCCUCGACCGGGGCGCCGCAGAAGACUGGCCUGGCUUGGUUGUGGUCUGUCAUCAGCCACCUGAAGUGGGCAUCACGCGUAAAUCGUGAAGACGAAGACGCCAAUGUUUCAACCGCGAGUGCUCCCAAAACGACUGAUCAUCCUGUCAUCUCUGCCCCUCGAGAUGGAAGAGUCAUCGGCAGUGUGAUCACUAAGCCAGUUGCUGAGGGCGAGCCUCGUCAUGCCUCUUCGGACGAGAGAACCAGCCAGAAGUCGUCGGACGAAGAUGUAGAAGUCGAAUUGCCUACUGCUGGUCCGUCCACGGCAGGAACGACCUGGAAUCGUAGCAUUCGCUUCGGUGAUGAAUCUAGGCCGAGGUCUUGA